CCCAGCGAAACGCAAAUGACGUUGUGCGCAUGCCCGUGUUGAGAGACAGUGCUAUAAGGAAAAGUGGUAAAGACAAAGGAAUAAACAACCUUAGGAUACAGACGAGGACACAAAUCAGAAGGAUAUUGACAGUCCAUACACUGCUACACCGCAUGAAGACACAAGAGAUGUGUUUGACCAUUUUCCUUUUGAAGCCACGAGAUCAAUAACACUGAAGUCUCCCUUCGUUUCUGUCUCCUCCGCAGCAUCUGACUUGAAGAACUUUUAUGGCUUGACUCGACUUUUUGAUUACCGCCAGUUUUUGUUCCACCAGCCAGGCUUUCACUUCCUUUUCAGUCCACUCUGAGACCAGCUGAAACUUGUCAUGUUAAUGUCUGUGACAAACACAGACAUGGAAAGAACUGCAUGUCUAUGAGUCCUAAAGCAAAAGUCUGUGAUCGACACAAUGGGGUCCAACCAAAGAAGAUAAGCACAGUUGAAAGUUCACCUCCUGGCUCCAAGUUGUACCAGAACAGUGUCCCUCUUGAUAACAUAACGUGAGGUCUGGCUAGCCAAGGGGGCCUGGCUUUCUUUUUUGCCAAGUGACUACCAUCCCCUCCCCUUGCCACACAUCCCUCAGGCAACUGAAAAGUUGUGGAGAUGGUAGUGUUGGCAUAGCCGUGGAAAGGAAUGGGGAGUGCACCGUGCUCUGGAAAGGGGAGGGGGGUAGGGGGUCUUCAGGAACUGGGUUGUAUGCCAUGGAAGGUGAGCAAGCAGAAGGGGAAUCUGGAAGGUGCUGGCAGUGCGUCAGAUAGGGAGGAGGGGACAGAUUCUACCCUAUCCAUAACUCCUCCGCCACCUCCCGCCAUCUACCACGAGAAACAGCGUCGGGAGCUCUGUGCACUCCACGCGCUCAACAACGUCUUCCAGGACGGAGCGGCUUUCACCAGAGAUGCGUUGCAGGAAAUCUACCAGAGACUCUCCCCGAGCACUUUGGUGACGCCACACAAGAAGAGUAUGCUGGGUAAUGGCAACUAUGAUGUGAACGUCAUUAUGGCUGCACUGCAGACUCGUGGCUUUGAGGCUGUGUGGUGGGACAAGAGAAGGGAUGUCGGAAGCAUUGCUCUGCCCAACGUUACUGGCUUUAUAUUGAAUGUGCCCUCAAACUUGCGCUGGGGUCCGUUACGGCUGCCACUGAAAAGGCAGCACUGGAUUGGUGUGCGGGAAGUUGGAGGCGUCUACUACAACUUGGACUCCAAACUACGGAGUCCUCAUGCCAUUGGAACAGCUGAUGAUCUCAGGAAGUUCCUGCGUCACCAGCUUCGAGGGAAGAACUGUGAACUCCUUUUGGUCGUGCCAGAGGAGGUUGAGGUCCAUCAGACGUGGAGGUCUGAUACCUCUUGAAUGUUGCUGAUAGCUUUUUCGUCUCACUCCAGCUGUGGUUUCAGGAGGGAAGGUUGGUCCAAUCAGGGAACCUUUUUCCAAGCAGUUAGGAGUUUCACUCCACCAAUCACAGAAGCACACUGGCGAGCCCCUUCUUCUGUUUACAUACCCACUGCUGGACUCAGGCCAAUCAGACUGAAGCAGUGAAGGUAAUGGACACACAGGGAUUGCAAAUCACAUCACAAGAAACCACAACACUAUACUGAUUGAUGACAAUUAUGUUCGGUGUUUGGAAUUACUAUGUGUUUUUAUAUAAAUAUAUAUAUAUGGAGUAUUUUUCAAUGUUUUUUUUUUUUUGUUUGUUUUUUAUGGUCUAAUUUCAAAGUGGAGAAGUCUUACUGUGUAUAAAGCUACCAGUACUUCAUUCUCUGUAUACCUCUGUACAACAUCGUUGUCCCUGUAGCCUUCUCCCUCUGCCUUUCCCUCUCUCUCUCUUUCUUUCUUUCUUUCUUUCUUUCUCUCUCUCUCUCUCUCUCUCUCUCUCUCUCUCUCUCUCUCUCUCUCUCUCUCUCUCUCUCUCUCUCUCUCUCUCUCUCUCUCUCUCUCUCUCUCUCUCUCUCUCUCUCUCUCUCUCUGUCUCUCUCACUCUGCAUCUCUCACUCUGCAUCAGCAUCUCUUCUCUCAGUUGUCAUGGUGUAUUUUGUCUGUCCUGCCUCUAAGUUCUCGGCCUCUUGUGUCACUGCUCACGGUAGGAUCCCCCACCUCCAAAAAAAAAGACAAUUUCAAACCAGUAAUUUCACUGAAGUUUUUAGCCUUGUUCCAGCUUUUUGACAAAUGCUUGGAAAGACCCAGAAUUGCCUGUGUAAAAUUGUAUCUUUCCAUAUGACGUUAUAUAGUUACUGAUAAGAAGUACCUUGUGUAAUGCAUGAUAACUCCUUCAGUGGAUGUUAUAUUCACAUAAGGAGGGUUCUGUUACAAUCACGAUUGUUACUUCAAUACCCAGUGCAUGCACAUCACUGUUGUUGGUCCUCUACAACACUAUACUGAAAUCAGAAGUUGACCAGUAAGUUGUGUAUGCCCUUCAGGAAUGGAAAUAUAUCCUGUUCACUUGCCAAAAAUGCCAUUCUUUUUCAUUUCAGUGAUAGGUUUAUGAUGUUACAAAAUUCAUACAAGUAACCUUGGUCAAAAAUAUACUUUGGGUUGGGUAUGUGACGGUUCAGAAAAGAGAUUGAAAUUGACAUGUUUUUUGUAAGUGGCAGAGUUUGUGUCAAAGUAAGACUUUAAGACCUUGAAAGUACAUUUAAGAAGGCUGACGCAAUGAAGAUGAUGGUUUGUUUGCAAUGUUUGGUAUUUGUUGUUUGGUAUUUGGCACUGUGUUAUCAAACAAACAAUGGAACUGAUAUGGUGACUUAAAUAUGUAACUCUACUUGAAGGGAAGUUGAACACUCCUCCUCUUGACUAUGUAGUUUUUCAUUUUUAAGAACGCAACAUGUAGUAAUGAGAGCAUACCACUCUAUGAGGUGGCUAAAUUGAACUCCCAAAGAACCAUGAUUGGACAUCCUAGUUCAGAGUUUCAACAUUCCACACUACAUAUACCAUGGUGCUUUGGGAAAAGGGUAGUAAUUUUUUAAUUGAUUAUUUGCCAUGACAAUCUGUCACUGUUGCCCUUUUUAUUUGGGGCAUCUGGUUAAAAUGUGCUUCUGUGUAUGUUUUGUUUUUCGUUACACAAAUAAAUGCUUGUAUUGGCACUUUAA